AAAAAAUAAAAAGUGAUAAGGCAGGGUUUGAGGUUAACUAAACAUAAAUAUUUGAAAUUAAAAUUUUAAUUAUGGUCACUCUUUUGAUAAAUGCAAUAAAACGGUUACAAGUAUCGACUUUAUUACCAAUUCGCACUUAUGUGUCAGUCAAUCCUCAGUCUAUACCUUUGGACAACUCCUUGGUAGUCACCAAAAAGGAAUGGAAGUUUCCCCCAGCUUACACAAAACCACGAGAAGUUUGGAUAGAAAACUUGGAUACACUAGAAGAAAAGAAAUUAGGAUUAUUUGAAUUGCAUCCAUCAGUGUAUGCAACAACACCACGUAUUGACAUUAUUCACCGCAAUGUCGUUUGGCAAAGGAAAUAUAGAUGGGUAUCUUGGGCCCACACGAAAACAAGGGCUGAAGUACGCGGUGGGGGCAAGAAGCCCUGGCCCCAAAAAGGUCUUGGCCGAGCUAGACAUGGGUCAAUUAGAUCUCCAUUGUUCCGUGGUGGUGGAGUAGCCCAUGGUCCACGUUCUGGUAAAACACAUUUUUUCAUGCUACCGUUUCACCUUCGAAUACAAGGCCUCACAUCGACGUUGUCAACUAAGUUAGCACAGGAUGACCUGCACAUUGUUAAAGAUUUGGAAUUACCAUCAGAUGAACCAGAUUUUCUCUUAGAUCUUAUAGAAAGCAGAAAUUGGGGUCCUUCUGUAUUGAUUGUUGAUGACUCUGAUCUAGCCCCUAGAAACAUCACAGCUGCAGCCGAUGCAAUUGCACAUGUCAAUAUAAUGCCCGUGUAUGGACUUAAUGUCUAUUCCAUGUUGAAACAUGAUACAUUAAUAUUGACUUUAUCAGCAGCAGCAAAGAUAGAAGAAAGAAUUUUACAGCAUCUGCAUUCAAUAACCACAGAUAAAGAGGCUAGUUUCAAGCUAAAUCAGGUGUAAGAUUUAGAUGAAAACAAGAUUAAUAAAAGAAAACAAAUAAAAUCUUGCUUGCUAUAAAAAUGAUUUUAUUACUUAAGUUUAAGUUUAUUGUCAUCAUGCACAUCAUGUAUGUAAUCCUAUAUUAUGUAAUGGAAGUCAUCAAGUGAUGUUGUUUCUUAACAACUAAUUUGUUUGCAAAAUUCAAAAGGCACUCCUGAUGAGAACAUCUGCCUUUAAUGUCACAUCCACAUGUAAAAAUGCAACAUUCAGCAUUUUGAGCAUUGCACUACAACUCAAAAAGUUCAUUAGGUACAAUUUAAGAUUUCUGCCUAUAUUCUAGACAUUUGAACAAGUUAGUGCUGAGAAAAAUAUUAGAUAACCUUAGUGGUUUUGAAUGAUGUGAUUCAUGGUAUUUGUCAUAAUUUAACAAUAAAAAAAUUUGAAUUCCACUAUACCUACACAUAGUAAACCUUGAUGGGCAAGCCAGCAAGUGACAUGGUGUAAUUUUGUGGGGCAUAUUCACACACAUUUGUUUAAAUAUCUCUUGACCUUGUCUUGUAUUUGUUAACAACUAUGUGACAAAGCAGGUGCAUCACUAUUUAGCUUGUAUCCAUCACUCAUCAUCAGAUCACUCGGAUCAGAGAAAAUCAGAUCUCACUAAUGUAAUUUUGUUUAUAUGAAUUGGUAACAUUACAGGUUCAAUGUUAAUGUUCCCAUUUAAGGAGUCUUUAAAUUUUUUUUUUUUGUAUAUUCAUCAAAUAUACUGGAUGUUGUAAUUAAUUUUGUUAUGUUUUUUUUGUAGUGGGUUUAGGAAUAUUCCCUGCCAUUUUCUGCCUUACACUCCAUCUCAAAUCUGACCAAUCAUUUUCACCUGGUACAUUUGGUUUAUAUUUCGCCCACAAUGCAGUAUAAUAAUGAUAUAGUGAAACUGGAUCACAUUUCUUCUUUUGUGGUUGUUUCUUUACUUUUAUUACUGAAAUAAUAAAUAUGACACAUUAAAAAAGGUGUUAUACUUAGUUAGUUGACAUUAGUUUGGCUUGUAAAAAGUGGAAAGUCUUUCCUUAGCUGGAAAUCGAACCCGGGCCGCCUGGGUUGAGGGUGAGCUUUCUACCACUUAACCACUGAUGAUUGAUGGACUGAAGUUCUAAUAAAACAUUUAUGCAACAUGCUAAGGAUGAACAGCAAAAUUGUAGUGAUAUAAUAAAAGUUUCACUUUGAAAAUUAAGAUUGAGGGAUUAAAAACCAAUUUGAUAUAAAAAUAUAAUACAUUACAAUUGUUGCUGGAAGUGGGUGCUGUCUCAUCUAGUACAGCUUCUGGUUUUCUUUUUACAUUGGCACAAGAACAACUUCUGAUGGGUUUUACAUUGACAUUGUUUUCUUUUUUAUACUGUCCUAAUACAGGAGCAGAGUGAAUGCUGCGAAUUGUACAACUUUUUCUCUUUUGGCAAUGUCUACCACAGGUCAUGGAAAUAUUUUCUUGGCACCUGGAUCUGAUCCGCGAUGAAAAUGUACUUGCACUGUGAAGUCUCUCAGGCCCUGAAACAUCUGGUUUCUUGGCUACGUUGUUUCCCUCUUUCUUUUGUUCCAAGUCAUAUUUUAUAAGCUU